AUGUUGUGGGGAUUGCUGAUGCUCUUUGCAUUGUGUAAUGCCAAAAGGCACGUGGUGCUUCUCCGGGAAGGAGUGGGCGCCAUGGCCAUUCAAAGCCAUGAAGAAUGGAUUUCAAGUCUGGGAGUAGAUCCCCUGGAGUUAAAGGGAUUCACUGCACCGGGCGUGUAUGGCUAUGCCGGCGAGCUCACGACCAACCAAGUAGAGCAGCUAAAGCAGCGCCCUGAAGUUAUGGCAGUUGAAGAAGAUCAGACCUAUGCCAUUCAAGUUUACGAAACACCGCUUCCGGCCAAGGACAACAAUAUAACCUGGGAGUCACUGGGAGAUUUAGAAGCCGCCAUGAUUUGGGGCGAUGGCCUGUACCAGGCGAAACACAAUAUUCUUAAGGGCCGCCGCCACUUCCGCAAACACCCGAUCAAGAAGAUCUAUCGUAAGAACCGCAAGCGACCCCAUCCUCUGCUGCCUUUAAUUGGCAAGAAGGCCAUGGCUAGUGUUGGAAACUUUGCGUCCAUCUUUACUCGCAUGCACUACCCGGCCUUUAGCGACAGCCUGGUGAUUCAAAGCACCGAGUCCUGGGGGCUCAGUCGAAUGUCCCAAAGAAAGAUGGUCUAUUCUCUGGAUACCUAUAUCUACCCCAAGACGGCCGGCAAAGGUGUUUUCGUUUACAUUCUCGAUACCGGCAUAGACAAAUCCCAUCCAGAACUUUCCGGGCAGGUUGAAUCAGGAAUCAAUCUAAUUGAUGGCACAGUUGAUACUGCCGAUGACAAUGGCCAUGGUACGCACUGUUCUGGCAUUGUGGCGGGUAAGACUUUUGGUAUGGCCAAAGAGGCUACGUUGAUUCCCGUGAAGAUUCUUAAUGCUAAUGGCCAAGGCACAACUGAGCAUACUAUUAUGGGGCUGAUUUACGUGAUCAAGGAGCACCAUAAGAAGCUCAAGAAGGAAAAGCAGCCUAAAACCGUUAUUAAUAUGAGCCUUGGUGGAGUCAAGAGCAGCAUUAUGCAAGAGAUUGUGAAACGGGCCGUCAAGCAAGGCAUUCACGUGAUUGUGGCCGGUGGUAACGACUCCGCAGACGCCUGUAGCUAUUCCCCGGCAUCAAUCAAAAGUGCUAUCACAGUCGGCGCCAUUGACCGAACCGACGACAUUGCUAUUUUCAGCAACACCGGCAAGUGUGUUGAUCUAUUUGCGCCCGGAGUAGAGAUAACUAGUGCAUAUGCUAACGGAACCACCCGCGUUCUCUCGGGGACUUCUAUGGCUGCACCGUACGUUACUGGUUUAGCCGCCCUCUACCUUUCAGAGGAAAACAGAAGUCCAGAGGAGCUCAAACUCCUAAUCCAAUCUGAUGCUUUCCAAUCCGAUCUUAUCAAGAUAGCCUCAUCCAAACUACUUAAUUUACGAUCAGAAUAA